GGAUAAGAUUGCGGCCGAGUCACGAUACAGGCUCGUACGAUAAGCAGCCCUCCCCAUCUACAGGCUCACGAUAAAAAAAAUGCAGAUCCGACUGGCCAUCCCCGGAAUCGAAUGCCAGACCCAUCGCCAACCAGGCGUUUCAAAAGGCGACUGACGAAAGGUCAGUAACUAGGCCAGUUUCUUUAUAUUUUUAGCAUCUGCAUGAAUUGAUAGCAAGCACAAGAAGAAGUCUUUUGAUGAUCACUGCGUGUAGACCUUUAUUUCUCAUGGAGACGGUACCAAUGGUUGGCAGGAAGCCAGAGUUCAGCAUCCCAGUCGUGGACAUGAGCGCUUAUCUACAUAAUAAUAGAGACUUAGAUGAACUUGACUCUGUUGUCAGCCAAAUCCGUUUGGCUUGUUCGACAAGUGGAUUUUUUCAGAUAGUCGGCCAUGGUAUAUCGCAAAAGAUGCAGGAUUCCGUACUUUGCGCAUCAAAAGCCCUCUUUUCUCUGGGAGAAGAAGAAAAGCUGAAACUGAAAGCCAAGCCAGGGGUUGGUUACGAAACAUUUGGGUCCCAAACUCUCGAAGCUGGGAAAAAACCAGAUCUAAAGGAGGGAUAUUUUUUCAGCCGUGAGAUCCCUGGACUGCAACCACCUUACAAGCCCUUUUGCACGCCAAAUAUUUGGCCAGAGACAAACCUGCUGCCCGAGGAAGAGUUCAAGUCUCCAUUACUUUCAUACCACACAGCAAUGCACGAACUCGCGGUUCGCAUCCUAGACCUCUUGGCUAGAGGCCUCAACAUCAGCAACACCAGUAUCAUGAAAGACUUCUGCCGUGAGCCUAUUGCCACUGUCAGGCUGCUCCACUACCCUCCGCACCCCGACAUCAACGACAACACCAUGGUAGGCGCAGGUGCGCACACCGACUUUGGUGCCAUCACUAUCUUGCUCACAGAUGGAAACUCUGGCUUGCAGGUUCUGAAUCAAUCCACGAAGGAAUGGAUUGACGUGCCACCACGGAGCGAUGCAUUUGUGGUAAACAUCGGAGAUUUGCUGCAAACCUGGACCAGUGGACAUUACAAGUCUAACAUCCAUCGAGUUAUAAACACAAGUGGCCAGGAGAGAUACUCGGUCCCGUUCUUCUUUGAUGGAAAUCCAGAAUUCCUCGUUGAACCACUUGAUGGCUCGGCAACAGAGAAGUAUACAGUACGGGAGCAUCUCUUACUUAGAUAUAAACAGUCGUUUUAAAGAGAAGAUAUAUUAUGUUACGAUAGUUAUGCCAUUUGAGACCAUAAAUAACAAUCUGCUAGUUUAUAUCUA